AUGGUGGUUCCGUCGGCAAGGGGUGCCGCACCCCAACAAAACGCGUCAGGGGUAGCGAAGCUAUUCACGUUUAAAGGGAUAGAAAAUCUCCCACCAAGCGAGUCAACACGCAGGAAAAAACGACUCAGAAAUCGAACCAGCCUGGGAGAUGAUGCAACAGAGAUUUUCGAAACCACAGCUCCCAAGGAGAGCAACGGACGCGUCACCACCCAGGAACUCCGACACUUGAUCGAAGACCUGACGGAGGUCAUCAACGACCAAUCAAACGUUAUCAGAGAAAUUAAAGCCGACCAGCAGGUGCUUAAGACACAAAAUGUCGAACUACAGGAACAGGUCCAGUCCCUUCGGGAACAACUCGAAACGAUCUCAACCAGGACCCCAGCGAGAACAUGGGCCGAGGUAGCAACCGACGCGGACCGACAAGACCCGACCGAGUCAACCAAGCGACCAUGGAAAGAGCCCAACUGUGUCAGAAUUAGCACUCGACGUACACCCGAAAAUGAUGACAGUGAAAACAGCGGGCUCCAAAGGUACCUGCCCACGGACAUGGCCAACGCGAAGAUCCGAUCGGCGCUGUUGAGCGCAGACACCACCAAGGACGCACAAGUGGCUGGAAUCGGCACUACCAAAACUGGGUACAUGAGUAGGUUCAGAGACGCCCAGUCAGCCGAGAUGGCUCGGAACAACACAACAUGGCUUGAAGAGCUGGGAAACGAAACCAAGCUGGUAAAACCCCGGUUUGGCAUCGUGGUCCACCGAAUGCCAACAGAAGACUUCGACCUCGACAGAGAAAAGAAACAGGGAAUCGAGAAGAUCAUGAUAGAGAAUGAACUUGAAGAGAAGGGGUUCGAGAUCACGGAUAUCGCAUGGCUAAGGAAGAAAGACCGACCACUGGGAAGGUCUGCAUCCAUGGGUAUCUGGUUCAACACACCCGAAGCAGCAGAGUGGACCAGAAAAGAAGGCCUGCUAGUUGGCCAAAGAUAUAUUGGCAGUGUGGAGCCCUAUAAGGUUGAAAAGAAGAGAUGUUACCGCUGCCAGGGAUUUGGCCAUCUGGCCUGGUCAUGCAAUGAACAGGUGAAAUGUGGUCACUGUAGUGGCCAGCAUGAUCGGCGCCACUGCCCCCCAGGAAUAGGACCGAAGUGUGCGGACUGUAAUGGGGAUCAUCCUACUGGUGAUCGAAGGUGCCGAACAGCUCAAAACCCGAGCUCCUCUCAAUAA